AAGCUGGACCUGGGAUGCCAGGGCACGAUGUGGCUGUGUAGUCGACUUGUCCCUUAGCUACUUCAUAGGAACUGGCACAGUGGCCAUCAGACUUUCCUGAGAGCCAUGGCAAAAAGUGGACUUGUAAUUUACGUCCUGGUUAUCACCUUACUCCUGGACCAGACCUCCAGCCACACGUCCAAAUUCAAAGCCAGGAAGCACAGCAAACGCCGAGUGAAAGAAAAGAAUGGAGACCUGAAGACUCAAGUUGAAAAGCUCUGGAGAGAAGUCAAUGCCCUAAAGGAAAUGCAGGCCCUGCAGACAGUCUGUCUCCGAGGCACAAAAGUUCACAAGAAAUGCUACCUUGCUUCUGAAGGCUUGAAGCACUUCCAUGAAGCGAAUGAAGACUGUAUUUCCAAGGGAGGGACCCUGGUUAUCCCCAGAAACUCUGAGGAGAUCAACGCCCUUCGAGACUAUGGUAAAAGGAGCCUGCCAGGGGUUAAUGACUUUUGGCUGGGAAUCAACGACAUGGUCACAGAAGGCAAGUUUGUCGAUGUCAAUGGAGUUGCCAUCUCCUUCCUCAACUGGGACCGUGCACAGCCUAAUGGUGGCAAGCGGGAAAACUGUGCCCUGUUCUCCCAGUCAGCUCAGGGCAAAUGGAGUGACGAGGUCUGUCGUAGCAGCAAGAGGUACAUAUGUGAGUUUAUCAUUCCUUAGUAGACCCUUCUCAAAUGCGUCUUUAAGAAAGAUGGGUCAUGAUUUAUAGGCUGAUGGUUCCCAAGAAUAAGUCAAAUUGUUUUUAGGAAUACAAGAGUCAGCCAAUUUGCUACCAUAUUUCAUUGUGAUUUUGCCCUUCAUGGAUCAUGGAGGAUCAUAAAAUAAUGAUCCAGCUAUGUGCACACUGUGCAAGUGGCUUCUGCAAACUGGACUAUCAAAUCCUUCUCUCUUUCCUAGCCCCUCUCACUUUUAUAGACCAGGUCUGUGUUAAAAAUACAACAGCCAACAAAAGCAACCUUCUCUUGAGAGUUUUGUGUAUAUUUGAUUGACGAGAAUUCUCUAAAUCAGAGAUUCUAGGUACCAUAUAAUCCCAAAACUUUUCAGUCUGAUGCUCGAUCUGUUCCAUCCUGGUCAUAUAACUUGUUAGCCCACUAUCUUUUUUUUUGAGUUGCUCCAUCUUCUGGUGGGACUUACAAGUAUAUCUUGUCUGCCACAUCAGAACAUAAAUGUCUCAGAUUCUGAUUAACUCUUUUUUCCUCAAGCGCCCCCCACCCCUCUUUUUUGGUCAAGUUCCUAGUCAAGACUUGAAAAGUAGCAUAUUUGGUCAAUUUACACUCCCAGCAUUACAUUACAAUUUCCAAUUUGAAUGAGUAAUCCUAAGGCAGAACAAAAGCAGCAGAUUAUAUGAGAAAAGAAAAUAGCAAAAGAAAAAUGUCUACUUUUUCCUUGCUUCAGUAUCCUGCAUACCUUUAUGAAAUUGAAGGGAGACAUUAUAUAUGUUACAUAUGUUAAUUUUUUUACAUACUUUAUAUACUUAUACGUAUUUCAGUAAUCACAUAUUUAAGUCUAUUGGGGCAAUCUAUCUUUGGAAGUUGAAAAUUGGAUUUAUAUCAUGCUGAUUUGGAGUUACACAUCUAUGCAAUUUUCUAUUCUGUCAAAUACUAUUCCAUUUAAUUGUUUAAAUUGAUUGUGUAAGAUCACUUCAUUGCUUGAUAUGAAAUUACAAAGUUUAGUCUUGGGGGAAAUGGGCUUUUUAAAAGCAAACGAUUCUAAGUAUGUUCUAUUCUUCAAAUAUCUUUUUUUUGGCGGGGGGGUAAAUAUUGAAUGUGUUUUGCGAACGAUAUCUUUCUCUACAAAUUUUAACUACAUGUGCUUGGAAUUAAGUUUUAGUUCUUAUCAUUGUGCAAAAAUAAAGCCUCAAUUCUGAUCAA